AUGACACAAGGAGAUCAAUUUGAAGGUUUUGCUGUUACCGAUCCUAAAAACUUUACAGAUGUUACGAAAAUUAAAUUCACACCAAAGACAUUCGAAGAAUAUGAUAUUGAUGUUAAAAUUCAUGCCUGUGGGGUUUGUGGUUCUGAUGUCCACACUGCUUCUGGUGCUUGGGGUGAAGCCAUGCUCCCAGUUAUUGUAGGACAUGAAAUUAUUGGUGAAGUUGUCAAGGUGGGCUCAAAGGUUACCACUGUCAAAAAUGGGGACAGAGUUGGUGUUGGUGCUCAAGUUUGGGCAUGCUUAAAGUGUGAUGUUUGUAAGUCAGGAGAAGAAACUUAUUGUCCACAUCUCAUUAAUACAUAUAAUGAUAAAUAUCCCGAUGGAUCCAUAAGUUACGGAGGAUACCUGUCCCAUAUUAGAGUUCAUGAAUAUUUUACUUUUAAAAUUCCUGAAAAAUUGUCUUCCGAAAAUGCAGCCCCAAUGCUUUGUGCAGGUAUAACUACAUAUGCCCCAUUGAAGAAGAAUACUCGACCAGGUAUGAAAGUCGGUAUUGUCGGUAUUGGUGGAUUGGGUCACUUCGCUAUUAUGUGGGCAAGGGCCUUGGGUUGUGAAGUUUUCUCGUUCUCGAGAACUGAUUCCAAGAAAAAAACUGCUCUAGAACUAGGUGCUGAUCAUUUCGUUGACACUACUGCGAAGGACUGGAAUAAAGACUUGCAAUUCAAAUUAGAUUUAAUCUUAUCAUGUGCAAGUUCCUCCAAGGAUUUUUCUAUUGGUGAAUAUACUUCGAUGUUAACCAUUGGCGGUAAAUUUAUCAGCGCCGGUAUACCAGAAGCUCCGUUUAGUGUUAAUCCUGUUGACCUAUUGAAAAACGCAUGUUACUUGGGUUCGUCACAUUUAGGUAACAGACAAGAAAUGAUUGAGAUGUUAAACCUUGCAGCUGAAAAGAAUGUUACUUGUUGGAAUGAAACUAUUCCAAUAAGUAAAGCUGGUAUUAAAGAAGCUCUUGAGAAGAAUUGUCAAAAUAAAGUCAGAUAUAGAAUUACGUUGACUGAUUAUGAUAAGCAAUUUGAAUAA